GUCGAAAUUCUGGUUGAUUCUUAUUACUAAUGGUCACAAAAAUAUCUUCUAAAAUCUGACCGAUCAAUGAAAAAAUAUUCAAAUUUAAUAAAGAUUUUGAAAAACAAAUGUCUAUUCUUCGUUCUUAACUCAGUAUUUCAACCGCCGAACAAAUAAUAAACGAUAAAUCGUCUUUAACCUUUGCUGAAAUCGCCGAAACCAACAACCGGCUACUUCCUUUUUCAAAACAAACGAAUUGAGACAUUUUGUGACCAUAACAGCGGAAUUUCACUAGAUAUUAAACUAGGAUUUGUAAUCAACGCCAUUAUGUUGCUUGGGACUUGGAUAUUACUUCCAAACUGGAGCUGUAUUUAGUGAUUUUUCUUGAAAUAUGUGCAAUUAACUUGGCGACAUCUUAUGGAGGAAAAUUCUGCCAGGGAAGGUAACUCGGUGUAACUUGUACUGUCAUGUGGCAUUUCAGUGAGUUUAUUUUGUGUUUUUGAUUUGUGAUAAGAUGCCAAGACAGAGAGAACAUGCAGUAUUUGAUGAGUUUGAUGCUCGUGCAUAUUCUCAUCUUGUGCCAGGACAGAAUUCACAACAGCAAAGCCAGCAGUACAGUAGAAAACAUGAAAAGAGAAAGAAAUCUAAACACAAAUCUCAUAAAAGAUCAAGAGACAAAGGUGAAAAGGAAAGGAGCAGGAAUAGAGCUUCAUCACAAAAUCCUCCGGUAGAGGUACUAGGACGUACAAGUAUUGUAGAUUAUGAGGAUGUUAGUUCGGAAUCUGCAGGGUCUUUGUCAGAUGUAUCAGGGACCCCAAGUAUACCAGCUGGGCCUAGUCGCGUGGACUCUGUACGGGGUAAAAGAGACCAGUCUCCAGCUUCUGCUAUAAGAUCAUACAUGAAUGAAAGAAGCCAUAGUAAUUCUCCUGUGAUACGUGAAUCUAGUCCACAACGAACUGAAAAAAGUGCUAGAAAAUCAAAGAAACGGCAGAGGUCCCCUGAAAUUCAAAAAGAACCGGAACCUAAAGUAAAAAUGUAUGCAGAACCUCCAAAAGCAUAUGCGACACCACGAGCAUAUGCUGAACCGAUUUCAAAAAGUGCUUACAGAAAUAAUAGUCCAACUGGUGUGAAAAAGAGACAUCGGUCAAGAUCUCCAACUAGUCCCUAUGCCAGACGGAGAAGUCGAAGCAGGUAAUACAAUUUAUCUUUA